AAAAAAAUAAUCCAAACAUCCAAGUAAAUAGACAAAAACAAAAUCCCCAAUUCACUGAUCUUGAAACCUUAAUUUCAGUACCUUUCCUUUCAACAUCAACAACCAUGACGAAGGAAUUCGCUGUUCCACCAGUAGUUUUUCCAUCCGUCGGGAACCCGACGGUCGCCACUGGCGGAAACAUCCAGCAACGCCGAGUACCAAUAGCUCCAUUCCAACCUCCACGUCCAUCAAACUCUGGAAUCCCUUUCAUGUCCUUCGAUAUCGGUUCCGCUGCCGCGACCACCGCCGGUCCAAUCGGCGGAGGAACCGGUCCUAUCGGUGGUGUAGCCAACUUCGACGACGAAGAACCACUUCUUGACGAACUCGGGAUCCACCCAGACCAAAUCUGGAAGAAAACGAAAUCUAUUUUAAAUCCAUUCCGGGUCAACCCUACAUUCCACAAGGAUUCGGAUCUAUCCGGCCCAAUAUUUUUGUACCUAUCGUUCUGUUUGUUUCAAUUACUUGCCGGGAAAAUCCAAUUUGGCGUGAUAUUGGGGUGGAUUGUCGUUUCCUCGAUUUUCUUGUACGUUGUGUUCAAUAUGUUGGCUGGUAGACAUGGGAAUUUAAAUCUGCACACAUGUACGAGUGUGAUUGGUUACUGUUUGUUGCCGGUGGUGAUUUUAUCGGCGGUUUCGCUGUUCGUGCCGCAAAAUGGGGCUCUUAGGUUUGGGAUUGCUGGGGUUUUCGUGAUUUGGGCCACGAGGGCUUGCACGAAUUUGAUGGUCGCUGUUGCUGAUGGUGGAGAGGAGCAUCGUGGAUUGAUUGCGUACGCCUGUUUCUUGAUUUACACUCUGUUUUCACUGCUUGUUAUAUUUUAGCAGUGAUGAUUAGUGGGAAUGUGAAUCGAUGGGGUGUUUUCGUAUUGGUUCAUUAUGUAGUUUUUGAAAUGUGGUUGUUGUAGAAAUUUUGAGCUUGAUGUUAAUAAUAUGUUAGUGGGCAUUAAAUGUUUUUGAUCAA